AUGUCAGUGGACACGAAGGACGCAUAUGCAGAAAGUGUUAAGGACAUACAGCAAGGAUCCAUUGAGAUUAUCGAUCAUAUCUCAGAGCUCCAAGAUAUUUCGGAACGCACAAAUGUCGAUGAAGCAUUGUACUAUGCCUUGCAGUUCUCGGAAAAGGAAAUUGACGUUGAAGCUGAUCGGAAAUUGACAAGAAAAAUUGACAUGGUGGUAUUUCCUGUCAUGGCUCUGGUUUAUGCUGCUCAAUUUCUUGACAAAACCUCAAUGUCGUAUGCAGCAGUAAUGGGAUUAACAACGGAUUUGAAAAUGGAGGGUAACAUGUAUAGCUGGUCUGGAACUAGCUUUUACCUAGGGUACCUCGUUUUUGAAUAUCCUGCGGCUUGGUUAUUACAAAGGUUUCCUCUAGCCAAAACACUGGCAACUUUCCUGAUACUCUGGGGGAUCGUUCUGACCCUGACAUCGGUAGCUAAUUAUCCCGGGUUCAUUGCCAUCAGAACCAUUUUGGGGAUGCUAGAAUCUAGUUCUUCAAUCGGAUUUAUGCUGCUGACAGCCCAAUAUUACCACCGUGAAGAACAGGGAUCAAGAACGUCUUUUUGGGUUGCUUUUAAUGGCCUUGGCCAGGUUAUUGGUGGUGCGAUGGCAUACGGCUUGGCAAAGAGAGAAGAUACUUUGCCUAUUGCGGGAUGGAAAUUAGUUUUCAUUAUUUGUGGAGUAAUUACCAUUUUCUUAGGAAUCGUCUUCUGGGUUGUGAUUCCAGAUAAUCCUUUUAAAUCGAAGUUCCUCAAUAAAUCCGAAAAGGAGCUAAUAGUUUUGAGGUUGCGGAAAAACCAACAGGGUGUUGGAAAUCACAAGUUCAAACCUUAUCAGUUCAUGGAGGCGCUAAAAGAUGUUCGCACCUGGAUCAUGUUUAUUUCAUCUGUUGCAUUGAAUAUUCCCAAUGGGGGGAUUGGAACUUUCUCUUCAAUUCUCAUCAAAGGCACAAUGGGCUAUGACGAACUAAUGACUUUGUUAAUGGGAUUGCCUGCGGGCGCCUGUGAGUUUGUAGGUUUGAUUCUCUUUGGUCUGAUUUCGCCUUUUGUCCAGAAUAGGAUGGCUCUCGCGUCAAUUACGACAACAAUUGCAUUGAUCGGUUCCUGUUUGAUGUCGUUUCCUGAAACACCAAAAGCGCAGUUAGCUGGCUACUACCUCUUGAUGGUUUCACCAGGUGCAAUGAUUGUGAUGUUUUCCAUCGUAUCUUCGAAUGUCUCUGGACACACGAAAAAGACAACCGUGGGCGCUAUAUAUUUGAUUGGAUAUUGCGUUGGUAACCUAAUUGGCCCGCAAACUUUCCAAGACAAAGAUGCUCCUGGCUACCGCCCUGCCAAAGUUGUCAUGGUCGCAUUUUACGCGGUUACUUUGGCAACAUUGCCACUCCUUUAUUUUGUAAACCAUAAGGAGAACGAGAGAAGAGAUAAGUUGGUUCAAGAGGGCCUUGUUUAUCAUAAAGACAACUCAGAGUUUGCGGACCUGACUGAUAAGGAAAAUUUAGAGUUUAGAUAUAUGCUUUGA